AAUACAAGUCGACGUUCAACAGUGACAGGCCAAAAUGGGGACCGCGGAGAAGAUGGAGGUGGAGAACAAGAAAGGAGAGGGCUACAAGCCAUAUUACACACACAAAACGGAAAACCUUCAGGUUAUUAUAUCGGAGAAAAUGCAAGACCUUAGACGACUACAGGCUCAGCGCAAUGAAUUAAAUGCUAAAGUUCGCCUGCUUCGUGAGGAAUUGCAGUUGUUACAGGAACAGGGCUCCUAUGUUGGAGAGGUAGUUAAGCCGAUGGACAAGAAAAAAGUAUUGGUGAAGGUUCAUCCUGAGGGCAAGUUUGUUGUUGAUCUGGAUAAGAACAUAGACAUCAACCAGGUCACGGCCAAUGCUAGAGUGGCACUCCGUAAUGAUUCUUAUACUCUGCAUAAAAUUCUACCCAAUAAGGUUGAUCCAUUGGUGAGUCUCAUGAUGGUAGAGAAGGUACCCGAUUCAACCUAUGAAAUGGUUGGUGGCCUUGACAAGCAAAUCAAGGAGAUCAAAGAAGUUAUAGAACUACCCGUCAAACAUCCAGAGCUUUUUGAUGCCCUUGGAAUUGCACAACCUAAGGGUGUGUUACUAUAUGGACCUCCAGGGACAGGUAAAACUCUGCUUGCCCGAGCAGUAGCCCACCACACAGACUGUACAUUCAUCCGUGUCUCGGGCUCAGAGCUGGUUCAGAAGUUUAUUGGUGAAGGUUCAAGAAUGGUUAGGGAAUUGUUUGUGAUGGCUCGUGAGCAUGCCCCCUCCAUUAUCUUUAUGGAUGAAAUUGACUCUAUUGGAUCUUCACGCAUCGAGUCUGGCAGUGGUGGUGAUUCUGAAGUACAGCGAACAAUGUUGGAAUUGCUAAACCAGUUAGAUGGCUUUGAGGCUACAAAGAACAUCAAGGUGAUUAUGGCCACAAAUCGCAUUGAUAUAUUGGAUCCUGCCCUCUUACGCCCUGGACGCAUUGACCGAAAGAUUGAAUUCCCUGCUCCAAAUGAAGAAGCCAGGCUAGACAUUCUCAAGAUUCAUUCUCGUAAGAUGAACCUCACGAGAGGAAUAAACUUGCGUAAGAUUGCAGAGAUGAUGCCUGGAGCAUCAGGAGCCGAGGUGAAGGGUGUGUGUACAGAGGCCGGAAUGUAUGCUUUGCGAGAGCGUCGUGUUCAUGUUACUCAAGAAGACUUUGAGAUGGCUGUUGCCAAAGUGAUGCAGAAAGAUAGUGAAAAGAAUAUGUCUAUCAAAAAGCUGUGGAAGUAGGAGGAAUUUUUCCACUCGUUGAUAUAUAAACCAUUUGAAUUUAAUUGUACUAUACCAUGAACUCCAGGAUGCUAGGGAAAGUGCAUCCGAGUUAUUUAUUAUUGUAUAUUUUAUCACAGCUAUGUAGUUACUUUUGUGCUUUAUAUUUUAAUUUGUUUUUCUUUUCGUGUGUAACUUUGAAUUUAACUGUUACUUUAUAUGGCUGCGACUGAUUUAAUUAGGUCUUUAGAAAAUAAAGUUUUGAUAAAC